CUCUCCGCGCCGCCCCCGCAGCAUGAUCCGCGGCGCCUGGAUGUACCCCCGCGGGGGAGCCGCCGGCGGGGCGGUGUGCUGCGCGCCGCGCCGCAGCGACAAGCCGGUAGCCGACCCCGAACGGGCGCAGAAAUGGCGCCUCUCGUUGGCCUCGCUCCUCUUCUUCACCGUCCUCCUCUCCGACCAUCUGUGGCUCUGCGCCGGGGCCAAGCUGCGGGCGCGGGAGCGGAGCGGAGGAGGUGCCGGGCGGCCGCGGAGCCGCGGGCCGCGGGCCUUGCUGGCGGCCGAGCCGGCGGGCGGUAGCUGCGAGGCCUUGCUCGGUAACCUCAGCCGGGCGCCAGGUCCCACCGGCCCCUGCCCCGCCGCCCGCGGCGACUUGGACUCGGCCUGCGCCCGGCUUCACGCCCUGCAGAGGCCGCGGGGCUCGCUGGCCGGCGCGCCCCUCCGCUCGCCCCCCGCCGCCGCCCCCUUCUUCGCCUCUCCCUCCUCCAAGAGGACUUUCCUGCAGGCUUAUUUUAGGAACUUCAACCUCUCCUUUUGUGAUACUUACACGAUCUGGGACCUGCUGCGGGAAAUGGCCGGCCCGGACGGUCUGGACUGCAGCGUGGACAACCUGAUGGUGGACUUGAUGGUGGCGGCGGCCGGAGCGCUGGGCGGGGAGGCCUGUAGCAGCUGCGUCCAGGCGUACCAGCGGCUGGACCAACACGCUCAGGAAAAAUAUGAGGAGUUCGACCUCUUGCUGGAGAAGUACUUGCAAUCGGAAGAGUACUCGGUCAGAUCCUGCCUGACGGACUGCAAGGCUGUCUACAAGGCUUGGCUGUGCUCCGAGUAUUUCAACGUGACCCAACAGCAGUGCCGACACCGGAUCCCAUGCAAGCAAUACUGCCUGGAGGUGCAGACCAGGUGCCCGUUUGUGUUACCAGACAAUGAUGAGCUGAUCUAUGGAGGUUUGCCUGGCUUCAUCUGUACAGGGCUGCUGGAGAAUCAGCUGCCAGAGGAGGAGGCCAAGUGCUGCGAGGUGCAAUGGGACUCCUGCGACCACCCCCCGGACAGCAACGACAACACAUCCCCCAAAUCCACAGCCUCAGAGUCACUCCAUUUCCACCGCCACGACCCCCACCUCCAUCACCAGCGGCAGAACCACUACCACCUCUACCACCACCACCACCACCAGUACCACCAGCCCCGCUCCCCGUCCUUGCUGCCGGUCUCUGCAGGGUCUCGCCUCGGCAGCAGCAGGAUCAGACUCUGCGUGCUGGUCCUGAUGCUUCUCCACACCAUGGUGUCCUUCUCGAGCGUGCACGGCGGCGGUGGCGGCGGCGGAGCGGCCGGCGGAGGGCUCAGCCUGGAGGCCCUGCCCGCCCUGGAGGAGAGCGUGGCACGGGAUGAGUGA